UUCUGAAAUGUGGUGGCGUUGUUGCUCUGCGUUUGUUCCUUUUUGGAUUCUACUCUUUCUUAGCGAUGUGCCAACCGUUUGUGGAAAGGCUUUAUCACGGAAGACAACCAACCAAAGCUGUUCCAUGUGUCAACUUCUAAACAUAUUGGUGUACAAUCAGACCAAUCUGGACGCGAAACUGGAUAGUAUUUCGCGCCAGAACAAGAAACUUGAAGCAAAGAUUAAUUUGCUUCUCAAAGGGAGAAACAAUUGUUCACAAGCGAGAGACUGUGUUGAUAUCUACGACUGCGGUCAAAAAGCCAGCGGUGUGUACACAGUCCGUCCACGCGGUAAACAGCCCUUCGACGUUUUCUGUGACCAGAUCACCGAUAGCGGAGGCUGGACAGUGUUUCAGAAGAGAGUGGACGGAUCUGUUGAUUUCUACCGCGGUUGGCAUGACUAUAAAGUGGGGUUUGGGAACCUGAAGAACGAGUUUUGGCUGGGACUUGAUAAGUUAAACAGGCUGACCAUAAACAACAAGAAACGAUACAAACUUCGCGUGGAUUUGGAGGAUACCUCUGGCAACACAGCUUAUGCUUCGUAUAAUUACUUUGGUGUGUCAAGCGAAAAGACUAACUACAAACUCAGCCUUGGGACAUACUAUGGCAAUGCUGGUGAUUCACUGUCCUAUCACAAGAGUCGUCCGUUUUCUACAAAAGACCGAGACAAUGAUGGUCAAAGUGGUAGUAACUGUGCUGUAACUUAUCAUAGCGGCUGGUGGUUCCACGCAUGUCACACUUCAGGUUUAAACGGAGCAUACCUCCACGGCUCUCAUUCCUCUCUUGCUAAUGGAAUAAACUGGAAGAGUUGGAAGGGAUAUAACUAUUCUGCUAGGCGCUCCGAAAUGAAAAUUCGGCCCGUUGGCUGGAUUCCAUCCUAAACAGUCUAAAGAAUGUUCUCGCGCUCUGUUUCUGGUUCUUCCUUAGAUGUUUGUCACAAUUAAAGAGAAGAAAGAGAAGUCGAAAAUUUCAUUUUUUAUUGCAUUGUUUCAUUCUUUUUGCUGUUGUAAUAUAACUAGAAUCGGAAGGUCCGAGCUAAAGUUAAGGAUUAGAUGGUUUUAAAUUUCUUAUUUAUAGUGCUGCAUCUGUCGCAUCAGUUUUAACAAAAAGCGUAGUAGGAGAUGAAAUUGUUAGUGAUAGAUCCAUUUCAAAGAAAAAGCCUAGGGCAAGUUAGGAAAAAUAUAAUCUGGUAUGAUUGUUCUUGAACACAACAAAGUAGCAGAAAAUCUAGAAAAGCAAAAAUAAUAGCAGCUUGUAACCUAUCAUUUCCUGUUGAAAUUCAUCACAAAAAUUUCAGUCCUCCACCUCACAUAUCCAUAGUGUGCAUCAGUUUUCUUUUGAAGUGUUUCAAGAAUUGCAGGAAAACAGCUGAGAAAUAAAUGGGGAGUGGAUCCUAGCUUGCAUGCGACCUCCUUCAUUGAGAAGAAAAAGUCAUAGUUUCAUAAUAAUAAUCAACUUGCCUUGCUGGCUGUAGGCAGCUAAGCUGCAAAUGUGGCCCUUCUCCAAAACGAACGAAAUUUUACCUGCUUUCUCCCUGAUUCAGAAUAUUUGUUAAACUUCCUUUUGGUGCAAAAAAUGUCCAGGUACAAUAGUAGAAUAUUUUUGUAAAUUACUCAUCUACCAUGAUUUGAAUUAAAAGACAGGAAGUCUGCUCUGAAGGUGUAAAUGGGAAGGCUGGGAGGGGAGUUAAAACUCUGGGGGAGAUGGUUCAGAAG